AUGAUGGAUGGUUAUAAUGCAUUGAACAACAUUUUGGUUUUUGGUACAACCAAUCGUUUGGAUAUGAUUGAUCCAGCACUACUUCGUGGUGGUCGGUUUGAAGUGCAAAUUGAAAUUGGUCUUCCAAAUGUACAAGAACGACUGGAAAUUCUUAAUUAUCAUCUUGAGGAACCUCGAAAGAAUGGAUUUCUGGCUUCCAAUAUUUCAACAGCUAAUCUUCAGCAACUUGCUAGUGUUACCAAUAACUACAGUGGUGCUGAUAUAGCUGAACUCGUACGAUUGGCUACAUCUCAUGCAAUUGAUCUAAUCUUUGAAGAUACCAUAACUAAUCUAGACAAGCUUAAUUUAGAAUAUGCCAAUAUUCGUAUUGGAUGGAAUGAUUUAAUCACCGCCUUUUAUCAAUGUGAACAAAUACGGCGAAAGCGUGAAAAUGAAAUAAAAACAAACAAAAAUAAUGUUAACGACGAUAAAACUGAUCAUAAUUAA